GAGCAGAGUAUCUCAGUUUUGCAGGGAAGCUGUAGCUCGCCUCUUGCAGUCUGAUGCCCGGGGACGUUUAAUCAGAGGGAAGCCGUUUUUGGUCCAUUUAUAGUUGGAAACUAUUUAUUUGCGCCUCUCCAGUGAAAAUGUCGUCGCCUGAAGCUGGUGGAACAUUUACUCACCUCAAUAGGUUCGAAAAACUAUCGUGGAGGCCGUCUAUCCGCGAUUCAGGCUCCAAGAAGCGAGCGCGAUGGCUUCAGGCGAGACGCAUCUUCUCCCCCAACGGCCCCAACCUCCGGAUCCCCAACAGGUUCCUGAGAGAAGGACACUGCAUACCGCCUGCCCGCAGUGGACACCGCUGUGUUGCAGACAGCUCUAACCUGUACGUCUUUGGAGGUUACAACCCUGACUUUGAGGAGGCGGGCGGCUCAGAGAAUGAGGACUACCCUCUUUUCAGGGAGCUCUGGCGGUUUCAUUUUGCCACAGCUACCUGGCAGCAGGUUCGGACUGAGGGCUACAUGCCCACAGAGCUGGCGUCUAUGUCAGCUGUCUUCCAUGGAAACAACUUGCUUGUUUUUGGUGGCACCGGGAUUCCCUUUGGUGAAAACAACAGUAAUGACGUCCAUGUCUGCAACGUCCAGUAUAGACGGUGGAACCUGCUGAACUGCAAAGGGAAGAAACCGAAUAAGGUGUACGGACAGGCAAUGGUCAUUAUAAACGGCUACCUGUACGUGUUUGGAGGCACAACCGGCUACCUCUACAGCACUGACCUGCACAGGCUGGAUUUGAGCACCAGGGAGUGGACCCACCUCAAACCCAAAAACGCUCCGUUAGAUCUUCCUGAGGAGAGGUACAGACACGAGCUGGCGCAUGAUGGACAAAAAAUAUACAUUUUGGGAGGCGGGACCUCCUGGAUGUCUUAUCCCUUAGAUAAAAUUCAUGCAUAUAAUCUGGAGACCAACUACUGGGAAGAAAUAGUGACAAAACCCCAUGAAAAAAUAGGUCCCAAAUUUCCACAUCCAAUACUCACCUAUAGAGGUUUAAUCUACUCUUUGCUGCUCCUUCAGGCUGGCUGCAUGUACGUCCACGGCGGGGUCGUCAACAUGUCUGGAAACCGAAGAACUGCCUCUCUGUACAAAGUGUGGCUGGUGGUGCCCAGCCUGCUGGAAAUGACCUGGGAGAAACUGUUGAAAACGUUCCCUCAUGUAACACAGCUGUCCACCCUUCAGCUGCUGAGCCUGGGACUGACACAUUCACUAAUUCAGAGGCUCAAAUAGACUGAAUAAAGAAGCUCACUGAUGAUCACCAGCACUAAAGUUGGUGGUAAGUAGGUCAAAGACAAGCUCCUGUAAUGUCAGACUUUGAGGAAAAUACUUUUUUUUUGUUUUUAAACAACACUUGAUUUUUUUUUUGUCAGAAAUUCAAAUGUUAGUCAGAGACAUCGAAGGGGUGCAGGUUGUAACCUCUAUGCACAUGUAAAACCUGACUUGUAAUGUAAAGCCUUUGUGCACGUUUCCUUUGUCCCAGAAACUUGUAGAGCAUGAGGGUUGAUUUCAACAACAAAAAAAGAAACUAAAGCAAGUAAAGACAAAGUGAAUGUGAAUGCAGGUUGUGUAAUGAUGAUAUUUCCCUGAUUACUUGGUACCACACUGAGGCCUGUUGCAGUGUUGAAUCCCCUGAGAUUUCCAUUUUUCAUCAGAUGACAUCUGUAGCUGAUUUGGGCUUCACUAAAGAUAAAGGAGAGGCGGAUAUCUGAAAUUUCUUCAGAUCUUUCUGGGGCCAUGAUGUGCAGUUUUACUGUUGAGCUGUUCAUUGUUUUAAAAAAAAAAAAAAAAAGGUCCGUUCAUUGAUCACACUGGCCUCUGAUCUGAUUGCCUCUUUUUAAAGGCUCACUGUGAAACAUCUGGUGCCUCUAUGUUUUUACCUUCAUGGUUCCUACACAUCAUUUCAUGCUUAGAUUUGCAGAUUGUUCUGGCAGUUCUAAAUUAAUAGGAAUUUGAGUGGAAAAACUUUUCUGGACGAUUAGGAACAAAAGAAAGCUGAAUAACGCUUCUCAUUUGGCAGUGUGUUAGGGCUAUUCCAUUCUAUUAUUGGCAUCUAGACUAAUUCAGAUCAGCUCUUAGGACCAAAUACCAAUUCUUAAAAGCACAAUUUAGUUAGAUUUUAAUCUGCUCCAAUACUUUAUUUGCUAAUAUCUGAACCAGA